AUGACCAACGACAUUUCUAGGAUUCUUGAAUUCCUGUAUUUCCAGAGCUGCACUGAGGCCCAUAGAAUCUACACCAUUCAGCACACAUUUAUGCCAUUUACCUUUCUUCUGUUUUUAUUGAAAUCCAUCUCUGAAAAUGUGUGCAUACUUUGUGACAUGUUUUGUUUUUGUUUUGUUUUCUCCACACAAAUGCAGUCACCUAAUGCUGGGAACAAGGAUGACCAAACACUGACGACCAAGCCACGGCUUCAGCGAGGUGGGAGCUCUGCAUCUCUCCACAAUAGCUUGAUGAGGAACAGCAUCUUUCAACUUAUGAUUCACACGCUUGAUCCCCUGGCUGAAGAGCUUGGAUCAUAUGGAAAACUAAAAUAUUAUGACACAAUGACCGAAGAAGGAAAAUUCAGAGAGAGAGCCUCAAUUCUUCAUAAGAUUGCCAAAAAGAAGUGCCAGGUAGAAGACAGUGAAAGACGGAAUGGGGCUGCUAAUCAUGAAAAAAUUGAACUCCCAAAUGCUGCAAAAGUGGAAGUUGCAAUAACACCACCAACUGAUUCAAGACCAGUACAAAAUGGAAAUGUUGCCCACAACACUGAAGCCGAGGAUUCAGAAGAGGAUGAUGAUGACCAGCCCCUCAGCCUGGCUUGGCCUGAAACUUCACGCAAACAGAUCACAUACCUUAUUUUUUUACCCAUUGUUUUUCCACUGUGGGUUACCUUACCAGAUGUCAGAAAGCCUUCAUCCAGGAAAUUUUUUCCUGUUACAUUUUUUGGAUCAAUCAGUUGGAUAGCAAUAUUUUCUUAUUUAAUGGUCUGGUGGGCGCAUCAGGUUGGAGAGACCAUUGGCAUUAGUGAAGAAAUCAUGGGAUUGACCAUUUUAGCAGCUGGCACCUCUAUCCCUGACUUAAUUACCAGUGUGAUUGUAGCACGGAAGGGUCUUGGGGAUAUGGCAGUAUCCAGCUCUGUUGGCAGCAACAUAUUUGACAUCACAGUGGGACUUCCUUUUCCAUGGCUCAUAUAUGCUAUAAUUAACCAAUUUGCUCCAGUGACUGUUAGCAGCAAUGGCUUGUUCUGUGCUAUCGUCCUCCUCUUCAUCAUGCUGAUCUUUGUUAUUCUCUCUAUUGCUUUCUGCAAGUGGAGGAUGAAUAAAAUCCUAGGUUUGCUCAUGUUCGCACUCUAUUUCGUCUUCCUGAUCAUCAGUGUCCUUCUGGAGGACAAAGUGAUCUUGUGUCCUAUCUCCAUCUAGUGGGAAGCGCUGAUUUUCAUGAAUAAAAAAAUUAGAAUAAUGGAAAUGGAGUUUACCCUGACAAUUAGCAAUGGAUCCAUAACCCUUUUUAUAAAGGAAAGGAACGGAUAACAAAGGCUGAAGAUUUAUUCAUCUGAUGCAUUAGCUACUGCUGAACAAGAUAUUUACUUUGAAGAUAUGAGGCCAGAUGCCAUAAGGCUUUUGUGUUUGUGGAAGGAAGCUUUCAUUGCUCCCUGGUGGAGGUACAGUACAUGUAUCAUAACAAUGAAAGCUCUUAUAUAUUCUACACGUACCGUAUGUUUUCAUGUACCUCUCUUUCUCUAUAUUAAUAUAUACCUAAACACAAAGCGAUAAACCUUUGUAAAAAGAAUGCUAGUAUCCAUACUGAGGAGGUGCAAACCUCCUCUUCGAGAUUUAUCUGAUAACUUGCUGAAAAGUCUGUGGAAGUGAUUAGCUAACUAUGCUUAUGAGUAACAGAAAGAAAAGAAUUUUCACAUCACUUGAUCCAAAUUGGCUAAUGGGCUGUCCUUUUGGUUGGUGUGCUCAUGUUUUGGACAUCUACUUCAUUGGCCUUUAUAUGCACUUUGAAUAGCACAGAUGCUGUUCUGAUAGAAUCCUGCAAAAAUCCUUCAGGAUCCAAAAACUGUCUCUUAGUGUAAUGGUGUACUAUAGCCUGGAACAUUUUUACUUGGGUCAGACAUUCCUGAUAGUCACAGGUAAAUCCCAGACUGGGGAUUUGUGGCCUCUUCUAGGAUCAGGCUAGCAUGCAAGGAUAGCAGAAAACUACGGAGUGAAUUCACUAUUUUUCUAGUGCAGCAAUACUGUAAGUAAUGAUAUUACCUUUCUUAUGCUGCUACUACUACUAUAGGUUUGCCUUUUCAUAUAAGAAAAAAGGCUGGAUCUGCUUGUGUGUAAUCACUUAGAAUUUAGAUGCAACUGCUGGAUAGCAAUUUAGUUACUAAAUGCAUUUUCCACUACUAUUCAUUGUAUAAGUCCAAAAAAAUAGCAUACUUUUUAAUAAUUUGGGGCAGGGGUUCAAUUGCUGUAAAUUAUCAUAGGUCUACUGUAGAGCUGUGAUUAUUUAUAUCAGCCGAGGAUCUGCUCUACAACCUUGGGAAAUAAGGUAAGAGGAACUAACAAAAAAACCCCCGUAACUGAGUUGCAGAUGGACGUGCAAACAGGAAUCCUGUCAUUUAAUUUGGUAUCUGGUUUCUUCAAGUGCCCAUUUUAAAGCUAUUUCUCAUUUUUAUCACAUCCACUAUGAAAAUGGUAUACCCAGGACUGUACAGCAGAUGGCUCAGCACAUUUUGUCUAGUUAGUUGUUUGGAUGCAUUUGUUAUACUUUCCUUUCUGAAUCCAAAGCCAUUUUAAUUUCAUUAGUGACUUCUGUCCUUUGUUGUAUUCCAUGCAUGUAUGUUUGUAUUUAACUAUAACUGGGUAGAGCAUAAAAACUAACAAAAAAACAAUGGUAGAUCAAACAGUAAGAAAUAUAUACGUAACUAAAAUAUGUAUAUAGAUAGGUAACUAAAAAUAAAAGUUUGUAUUAUGAAAGCUGGAAUGCUAAUGAAGAAAAGCAAGAAAAUUAGAAA